AGACCCACGGCAGAAGCACUCAAGUCAAGGCAUUCUCUCUCUAAAGCUAGUAUACUGCCCUCCCUUGCAUUGAGCGGUUGAGCCUUCCCUUCCAAUUCUCCCAGCUGAAAUGGAAAGCUCCUACAGUUCAGCCAUGCCGAUGGAGACCGACAUGAUGUCGCAGUUCCUCGGAGGCGACCACCACUGCUUCGCCUACGAGCAGCAGGACGAGUCCAUGGAGGCAAUGGCGGCCAUGUUCUUGCCUGCCCUCGACACCGACUCCAACUCCUCCUCUAGCUGCCUCAACUACGAGGUGUCUCCACAAUGCUGGCCACAGCCUCAGCCUCAGCCAGGCCACAGUUCCAGCGUCACCAGUUUCCUUGAUCCGGGCCACGGCUACGAGAGCUUUGAGUUCCCGGUUAUGGACCCCUUCCCGCAUGCCGAAUUCCAGUCCCAUUGCACCGACAUCCCCUACCUCGGCGGCGGCGGCGAGGAUCUGAGUCCUCUAGACAGCAACUGUGCACCAGCCGCAGGUGAAGAAGCAGCAAAUGAUCAUAUACCUGUGACUAACAAGAGGAAGUCCAGAGCUGCCACCACGGCAUCAAAGAAGGCCAAAAAGGCUGGCAAAAAGGAUUUCACCAGCAACGACAUCGAAGGCGACGACACCUAUGUCAUCGAUCCUCAAAGCUCCAGCAGCUGCACCUCAGAAGAUGGGGGUUUGGAUGGCAACACCAAGUCGAGCUCCAAGAAGACAGGCACCAGAGCCAGCCGUGGAGCAGCAACUGAUCCUCAGAGCCUCUAUGCAAGGAAAAGGAGAGAGAGGAUCAAUGAAAGAUUGAAAACCCUGCAGAACUUGGUUCCCAAUGGAACAAAGGUUGACAUCAGUACAAUGCUAGAGGAAGCAGUGGAGUAUGUUAAGUUUAUGCAGCUUCAGAUUAAGUUGUUGAGCUCCGACGACAUGUGGAUGUACGCACCCCUCGCUUACAACGGGAUUAACGUCAGCAGUCUUGAGAUGCACAUCGCUGCUCUGCAAAAAUAAAUACCACUCUGGAGAUGUGGCGCUAGCUAACACUGAACUGCAUAGGGAUUAAUUGAUUCUGGUCCUUAUAUAUAGUUCCAAUCAUUAUACAUGUAUAAUGUAACUACACUUUGUUUUACUUCAUACUUUUCUUGGCAUUUCCUGGGAGUUAUACAAAGAAGUAAUCAUAAUCAUGUAAAUGAUCAAAGGUCACAAUGAUAUGAUUGGCUUCACAUUUCA